AUGGACGAGAUCGAGGAGCUUAAAGCCAUCCUUAGAGAGCGCAAGGCACUAGAGAAAGAACUAGACGAAGCCGAAGAGGAAGCGAGACAAGCCGCUGCCGCUGCUGCUGCUGCAGGAGGAGGGGGAGGACCGGGAGGAGCGGGAGGAGCGGGAGGAUCAGCGGAGAUUGGGGAAGACGGGUUGACCGCGGAGCAGCGUGCGGAGCGGAAGGCGGAGAAGCUGCGGGAGCUGCUGGCGAAGCGCGCGCAGGAGCAGGCGGAGAAGCGGCGCGAGGCGGCGGAGCUGUUCGCGUUCGGGCAGCAGGCGUACGGGCGCGGCGUGUACGACAAGAGCGUGGCGAUCCUCGAGCAGGCUCUGGGAAACGUAGAGUUCACGUCGAAGCUUGCUGGCGAGAUCCAACUCUGGCUGGCAAUGGCGUAUGACGCUAAUGGGCAACGCCCAGAGUGUCUCGCUCUGUACCGCAAGCUGGAGAGCAACCACCCCAUGCCCGCCAUUCGCAACCAGGCCGCUAACAUGCGGUACAUUGCAGAGGCGCCCAAGCUGAAGCUGUCCCCCGAUGAGAUCCUCAAAGUGCCCAUACUCGACAAGGAUAACAACAGCUCUGGGCGCACGUGGAGUCAGAUGGUGACAGAGAGACGGCCCAAGCGUAUCAAGAAGCUCAAAAACUCAGGGUCGAGGGACUAUAUGGAUGACCUUAUGUCGUUCAAGCCACCCAGAUUACCGGUGUGUAUGGAUGAGAUAUCUUGCUCCGCCGGUAUACGUUCGGAUGAUGCAACAGAUUCGCCGACGCAGAAUCAGCAGUCCGAGCUGGUUCGGCAGCAGCUUCGGUGCCGAGGCUUGGAGCAGUUUCGCGUAGGUCGAGUGUCCUCGGUAUACGUGGUCCCUGAGUACCUUACAAAGCAGGAAGAGCAACUGCUGAUGUCACAGGUUGCGUCAGCACCAGUCACGAAGUGGAAGAAUGUCACUGGUAGAAGAUUGCAGAACUGGGGCGGCGUGGUGCAUGAUAAGGGGCUCAUAGCUCAACCGUUGCCGCAGUGGCUACAGAGCUUCACAUCUCGCCUCUCUGCUGAGCUCAACAGCGUCUUCCCCUCCCCCAUCAACCACGUGCUCGUGAAUGAGUACCAGGAAGGACAGGGCAUCAUGCCACACCAGGACGGCCCAGCAUACUUCCCCUGUGUGGCCAUACUCUCUCUCGGCCUGCCUGGAACCAUGGCGUUUUCUCCGCACCAGAGGCUGCUGGAAGGCAGCAGGGAGGGCAGCCGAGAGUGCAUCCGAGAGAGCAGCGAGGGUGCUUGUGAGGAGGCUUUGGCUUCAAAGCACACGCAGCACCGACAGCUUCUGGAGAGCAGCAGAGACGAGCGAUUUGGUGGGGCCGAGAUGGCAGGAGAUGGGGGGGAUGAAACAGGACGAGAAGGGGCAGGCGCACGGGGAUUGUCCGGGGAUGCAGUGGUGAUGAGGGAGCGUGUGGUUCUACCUCCUCGCAGCCUUCUUGUGUUCAAGGAUCAAGCGUACACAGAUUACCUUCAUGCGGCUACAGCCUUGACGUCAAGCGAAGCUGUUCCAGCUGAAUUUCCUUCAUUAAGCAAUCCCGUCCGCAUAUCUUUGACAUGUAGAUUCGUGCCUCGUACCAUGAAAGCCAUUUUCAAGAUGAGGUUCAAGGAUCCGACCAAUGACACGUCUGGUUUGGCGCGCUACCUGGCUGCUGUGAGCAUUCUCUUCGACCCGGCAUUUUCCAAGCAGGAGGUGCUCUCCAUCGCAGUCACCUCCGACAAAUCAGUCACUGCCACGUGGCGGCUUGGCGGGUACCUCAAGUUCCCUUGGCAGCCCAGGGUCGAGCCAUUUACAGGUUCCACUGUAUACGAGCUGGACGACGACAACCAAGUGGCGGUGCACAAUGAGACGUGGAGCAUAUCGCCAAUCACUGCACUUAUUGAAACCUUCACGCCUACAUUUGGCCCCAAACAACUACACGGGGCAGCUAUGUCGAAGCAGCCGUCUGCAGCGCUGCCGCCGUACCCGGAUCGUUUCUACAUCGCGGCGCGGUACGCGGCGAUCCCGGGGACGGUGGACAUUCCCGAGGGCGCGGGUAACUCCACGCAGUACUCGGACCUCACGUGCCUCGCGCUCUACUCGCUCUACCAGCAGGCUGUGCAUGGACCAUGCACCAAGCCCAAGCCGUGGGCGUGGAACAUAGUGGAGCUUGCCAAAUGGCAAAGUUGGACGGAGCUGGGUAAGAUGGCGCCAGUAGAGGCCAUGCGGCUGUUUGUGCGGGCGCUCGAGGAGGAGGAUCCGAAUUGGUGGACCAACGCACAACUAUUGGAAGCUACUGACCCGCUUGCAGCAGCAGCAGCAGCAGUCCCAGAGGGGUAUGGCAGGGGGGGCUAUCCAGACGCGUAUGCUGCUGAGGGUUUCCCUGCCAUGAACGGCGUUGCCUUCCCCCGCGGCCCACCUGUGGUGGAGGACAUGGGGGUGAUGGCAGUGCUGCGCUCCCACGACUGCAUCAACAAGUGGGUCGCUGCUCCCGUCACUGGAAGGAAACCAUCUGCCAGAUAUCAGCACGCAGCAGAGAUUUUGGACGGAAGAAUGUAUGUGGUGGGGGGGAACAGGGCCCGGUUCACCAGUGACGUGCAUGUCUUGGACCUCGCCUCCCUCGCCUGGUCUAAAAUGGAGCUCUCCUCGCCUGCUAAUGCCCUUCCCCCAUGCGCUGGGCACAGUUUGGUCAUUCUAGACGAGGUGACUCUGCUGUGCAUAGGAGGGUUCUUCAAGGAUGGUUCAGAGAAGAUGAUAGUACGGGCGUUGGAUGUGAACACCAAGAUGUGGCGAGUGAUGAAGACGCGCGGCCAAAUACCUUGUGCGCGGGGAGGCCACAGCACGGCCAAGGUGGGGUCGACGGUGUGGGUGUUUGGAGGGGAGGACAGCAAGAGGCGCCUGCUCAACGACGUGUACAGCCUGGACCUUACGACCUUCGUGUGGGACAAGCUGGACACCACAGGGACGCCCCCCCUGCCCAGGGCGGGACACACGGCAAUGGUAUACAACGAGCACUACUUGACCAUCUUCGGGGGCGGCUCCCACUCCAUGUGCUUCAACGACGUGCAUGUGCUUGACCUAGAUGCGGCCGAGUGGUCCCUAGCAGAGACGUAUGGCAAGGUGCCUUCCCCUCGUGCUGGCUUAGUAGGCGUGGCGUUUGGGAGCCUGUGGUUCAUCAUGGGGGGAGGGGACAACCAUGGAGGGGUAUCUGAGACGAUGCUGCUGGACUUGGACUCGCUGGUGUGGUCUGUGGUUACCACGUCGCUUGAGAAGACGCCCUUGGCAUCAGAGGGUCUUUCGGUGGUGCCUGUGGGGACAUCGCUCGCUCCGGCAGCAGGUUCGGCAGCAGGUUCGGCAGCACCAGCCUCUCUUCCCGCUGGCGCCGCUGCUGCUCUUGGCCCCACCCCUUCCGCUCCUGCUGCUCUCCCCCCUGUGGCACCCACUACUGGAAUCCCCCCUGCUGCUGCUGCUGCUGCUGCUGCUGCUGCUGGGGGCAAGCAGAUGGUCCGGGCAGGAUCUGCGUCCAAUAUCAUCGGUGCCGCCCCUUCAGGUGGAAUCCCAGGUGGAAUCUCAGGUGGAAUUCCAGGUGCUGUUGCUGUUGCGAUACCUGGGCACGGGCCGCCGUUGCCAGCAGGAGCGGGGGCGGGGGCGAUGGUGGGGGUGGGGGAGGAGGGGGAGCUGUCCCCCACGUCGAGGGAUGCUGUGCUGCUGGCACAGCUGGAGGAGGCAGAGGCAGCCGCGUCCAGAGCAGAGAAGGUGGCUCUCAAUGCGCGGGCUGAAGCAAGCCAAACUGCUGCAGAGGCACGGGCGGAUGCAUGGGCUGCCAUUGCCAAGGCACAGAUGGAGGUGGAUUUGUUAAAGCAGCAGCUAGCAACGGCAGUGAAGGCGAAGCAGCAGGCAGAGGACGAGAUGGCGGAGGGGCAGGCCAAGGUGGUGGCGGCGCAGGCUGCUGCUGCCAGUGCCCAGGCUGAGGCGGGGCAAAUCAAGAAAGACCUCAACGAAUGCAGAGUAAAGGUGCAUGAGCUAGAGGCGGAGCUGGCGAAGAAGUCAGGCGCGGAUGGGGGGAUGGCGACACUGCAAAAAGACUACGCUGCUCUCAAGAACGCCCUGGCAGAUAUGGAACAGGAGCUGACCACUGCUCGGACAACUCUGGCUACGGAACAGGCGCGGUGCUUUAGGCUCGAAGUGGAGGUGGCGGAGUAUCGGCAGCGGCUUGCAGGCAUGGCGGACCUGGAGAGGGAGGUGGAGCUGCUGCAGAGGCAGCAGGCUGCUGCUGAUGCCAUGGCUGCUGCUGCUGCUGGCAAGAAGGGGUGGUGGGGAGGGGGCAGGUGA